AAGAAAAGUUGCAGAGGCCGCCGUAUUGCACCUCAGCUGAACUCUUAUAUAUGGAAAGAAUUUAGAAGUUAUUUAAAGUUGCAGUUCAGAAGUUACAGUGGGGAGUGCAAUGCUGGCAAGAGCUAUCGGUUUCCAUGUGGAUCUGGAAUGUUUGCAAAGCACCUUGGGAAGGGCUGUCAGUUGGGUGCUUGACUCCCUUGUUUUCUAUUCAGAAGCAGGUCACUUCAUUCGGGGAAGGAGAGACUGAGUGAUUACUUAAAGUAAACAUGGAACACCCAAACACGGAAAAGGAAAUAUAAGAUGAACAACAGCAGCCGGUACUUUUAGAUUCUGUGCCGCUCACCCCGACCCCCAGAUGAUAACCCAAGGACCACAAACCAGAUUCCUUCCUCCUAAAAUCAGAUGAAAAUUGCUGGUAAUCUCAGCUUCCUGCUGCCAGGCCUCAUGUCGCAUCCUGGCAAUUCCAGCCAGCGCUCCACAACUUUCUCCCCUCCGUUCUCUUCCUCUUCACCUGCCCCAGCGGGAUCCACGUUCAAAGAAAAAACUGCUGCCCGAUCCCUGGUGGAGACUGACAAGGCGUUCCUGGACUACUUGGCUGAUAUAAACAAAAAUGUCCUCCAGCAUCUCCUGCAUCACAAUACAGUUGAUCAGAAAUGGCACAACCAGAUGACGCAGCUCCUGAAUUUGAAUGAGAAAUUCCACGCUCUUUGGGACCAGACAGGGAAGAUGUGUAAAACAUUAAAGCAGUUGAUACAACAAGACAAGCCUGUCAUUCUCCAGGAUAUUUAUAUAAUCAGCAACAAAACAGGAAUCCAGGAAGUCUACAUACAAUACUUCUCGUCUUUUACAAACUUUGUGGUGAUCGGAGGGUUUGACUAUCUCGCCAAAAAGACAUGCAGUUAUUUUAAGAAGAAUAAAGUGAACCUAAACACAUUUCUUACCAACUCACAAAAAGCAGAAAACUCAGUCAGUUUGUACCGGAUCCUCCACGAGCGAAUCAGAGAGCAGGCGAACCAAUACACCCUCAUCCUCACACGAUUGUACGAGGCAACACAUAAGACCGCAGGCAGUGAUGGAAUCAGCGAUGCUCUCAAGGGAUUUGUCGACCUUCAGAAGUAUAUCAGCCAGGUUCUGGAUGUGGCCUCCCUCACUAAGGCCCUGUGGAAAUCACUGGAACGCAAAGUAACGGAUGUUUUGCGCACCCCUGAGCGCAGGGUAAGAGAAGAAAGCAGAAACAUUCCCAUCUCAGUCUCUCCAGGAAGAUCCGGCCAUGACAGAAUACUGCUCUUCGAUGAUGUUUUCGUAUUGCUUCGGGGAUCUGAUAUUCACUGUUAUGAUCUCACUACUCUUUGGAUUGAAUUUACAACAGAAGAGAACCCCAACAGGAGGAGUCUGAAGGUAACCUCUCCAGAAGAAUCGUUCACACUGAGCGCUAAGGAGCCCUCGCACGAGGCUGUGUGGCAGUGGAAGUUGAAUCAAGCCAUUCACCAGUGCUUGACUGGGAAGAGGGACUUUCCCUUGUGGGGUAAAGGAGUCGAUGGGCAUAGUCCCAGCAGCCCCCCCACCUCUCGCUUUUCUGCAUACACUUUUAAAAACGAAGGAAGGUUAAAAAAUGCGGUUUAUGAAGGCCACUGGAAAAAGGGUGUGCCGCAUGGCAAAGGUACAUUAAGAUGGGAUGAUGAACGGAACUACACUGGUGACUUCCGAGAUGGUAAAGAGCAUGGGUUUGGAGUCUGUGUCAUUCCUCGGAAAGAGACAGAGGGGUACGACUGCUACAAAUGCCACUGGAAAGAUGGAAAAAUGCACGGAUAUGGAAUCUGUGAGUACAGCAAUAACACAGUGUAUAGAGGUUAUUUCAAAGACAAUGUGCACCAUGGCUUUGGGAUUUUGGAAGGUUCCAGAACUGACAGCAAUCCAUUAAGAUACGUUGGCCACUGGGAAAAUGACAAGAAAACUGGAUAUGGAGUCUGGGAAAGCAUUAACAGUGGGGAGAGCUACCUUGGUAUGUGGCUGGAAGACCAAAGACAUGGACACGGAAUUGUGGUCACUCAGUCUGGCUUGUGCUACGAAGGAAUCUUCACCUCUGACAAACUGACAGGCAAAGGGAUUUUGCUUUCUGAAGACAAUUCUCUUUAUGAAGGGGAGUUUACCGAAGACUUGAUGCUCAAAGGAAAGGGAAAGUUGACAUUUCCAAAUGGUUUCACAAUUGAGGGGGUUUUCAGCAGCAAAUUUGGAAAUGGCUUACAGGCAACUGGCAUUUUGAAAACACCUGGCAAUGAAGAAACAGCGGAAUCAGCUGCUCAACUACAGAUGGGAUUGCAUGGGUUGCCUGUCGAGGAGAGAUGGACAGGCAUCUUUGAACCAUUUGUGGAGUACCUUCAAGCCGGCUCCACUGAAGAAUCAGAUGAGUCCUUCCUCGGUUUCCACAUAGAGACUGGCAGGACAAUGAGAAAGACUCCCAACAACAAUAAUGGUGCAGGGAUAAUAGCAGAAACCCAUACUGAAGUAACUACGGAAAAUCUCUUCUGCAACAGGGAAUCUGAGAAAUUCUCUGCGAAUACUGACUUCAUAGAAAACCUCAAAAAGCAGACUGAUUAUGUAUUACUACAACAAUAUUUGGAAAAGUCCUUCCAGUCUUCCAAGCACCCCUUGGGAAAGAUUCUGCAGACGCAGGCCUUGGUGUUCCAGGCCACCUACUCUGGGAUGGGAGCCAAUAAGCAUCUACUGACCAUGGCCCAGGGUGAAGUCAAAUACCAUGCAAAAAAACUACUGGAGAUCAUCAGGGAUUACCUCCCUGAGUCAUUCAACAAGGAGUGUAAAGACAGAAAGACAAGGGAUGAAAUGAACUGUUACACUCUGGUGCUUCCGCUGAUCUUGCCCAAGUUCUACCCCGAGCUCUCCAUGCUCUAUAUGCUGUACCAUGAGAAGGACGAUGCCCUCUACUGGCAGGGCAUCGUGCACCUCGACUUGCUGUCGGACGCUGAACUGCUGGAGUUUCUCGAUGUACAGAAGCAUUUAUGGCCACUAAAGAACCUUCACCUGACUGCAAACCAGAUAUUCCUUUGUGAACAAUCAGUGCUUCCAUUCAGCAAUCGAGUGCUUCCAGAAAGUAAGACCUUUUUUUGUGAUAGCACUACAGCAGACCCUCUGGAAAAAAUGGACACUCUGUUCAGGACGUUUGAAGAGAUUGAGAAGACUGUGUCCUGGGUGCUGGGCAGGGAGUACAAACUGCCCAUGGACGACCUGCUGCCUCUGCUCAUUUACGUGGUGUCCAGAGCAAGGAUUCAGCACUUGGGGGCUGAACUCCAUCUCAUCAGAGACAUGAUGGACCCCUGUGGCAUUGGAGGGAUAUAUGAUUUUUUAUUAACUGCACUGGAGUCAUGUUACCAGUACAUACAGAAAGAGAAUAGGAGACUAGGCGAAUUCCCAGACUGGAAUCAACGGGGGUGCUGAGGAGAUCUCCCCACUUGUUAAAUACUGCAGGAAGGCAUUACAAAAUAUAUUCCGGGACCACUGCAAUAAACUCAGUUUCUCUGAAGAAUGAAUUGAAAGCUGAAGAAAAUGAAAAAUUGUACUGAGAUUCAAGUAACCAGAAGGGAACUGGAUUUAAAAAGAAAAAAAAAGUAGUGGUCUAUACUAGCCAUGUAUAGUGUGGCAGAUCUGUUGUAACAGGUAACGCUGUUUUUAAAUUUAGUGUGAAAACCCUAGAUGGAUGGUUCUCAAUAAUGAUAGCACCUUAAGUUUUAUAUACAGUAGAGAUGUAUUUGGUGCAGUGUUAUUUCCGUUACACAGUGGUCACAUAUGUUAUGCCCAUUGUGUGGUAUUCCAAGGACCUUUGUUACUGCCAACACAACAGACCAAUCAGAAUGCUGUUUUGUGUUUUUCAAAAAUUGGUUCCACCUUUUCAAAAUGUGUUUCCAUGUUCUCUUACCAAAUUACUGUAUAGGUUAUUUAAAUACGAUUAGUCUUUAUUUAAAAAAUAAAAUCCCACACAGAGUAGCAGCCUGUAUUACUGCUGAAUCCCCUUGAAACAGGGGGUCUGGUUCCCAGCAGUAGCUGGGGUGUAGAAACUGCAUGUACAGUAAAAGUUGUAAGUUAAUAUCUGACUUAAUAAUUAAAAUAAAAUAAAUAAAAAAUAAUAAUUUUAUAUAUUUAAAUUAAAUGUAUAUUUUAGUUUAAAGUGGACAAAAGGGAAAACUGUAUACAAUGCAGUAUGUGCAAUCUGUUUAUAUUUUAUAAGUGGGAUAAGAGGUUAUUGCAGUACAAUUAUGUAGUGAACUGCUGAAAUAAAAAAUAAAAAUUGUAAUAAUAAUAAUUAGAAAAUUGAGAUAUAAAGUGUAAAUUAUAUUUGCUGUGUGUUUGAGUGUUUGGUGGCUUCCUCUAAUCAAGUUGAGAGUGUAUUUCUUGCGCUUUGUCAUGCUCGUGAGUGAAGCGAGUCAGAUCUUAUACAAGAGAAAGUGAACUCUCAACUUGAUUCUAGGUAACCACUGAACACUUGUUAUAAGAUUAUUAAAUCUAAAUACAAUUAAAAAAAAAAGUAAAACAGACUAAUGUACUUAAUCUGUUUAUAUAGAACCUGUUGUGAUUUUAAUGUUUAGAAUGCUUUGUCAUUUGCAGUUUGAGUGUGAGAUCUACACUCUCAGCGAAACUAAAGGUGUAGGUGCUGCUAAUGGGUUGAAAAAAUAAUUGAAAAAAUAGGAGCAUGCUAAAAGAGCAAUGUUCUUGUAUUGAUGGUGUGCUGUAACCUCAAGUAAAUAUACAGAAUGUUGUAAAAAGUCAAGUACUCACCAGUUAUCUGCUGUUAAGCGUAUAUAUUUAUUAUAAUAUCAUAAUUUUUGAUUAUAAAAAAACAAUGAAGCGGAUUCAUGCAGACGCGUUGCGGCCACUGGAAAUGGGUUCCAAUGGGAUUAAUAAUAUGAUUGAGAAGAAAGCUUAACAUUAUAGUAAAUGUACUUUACACCCAGGACUUACAUCUCCCUUAAAUACAAUCUGUAAAAAAAAAAUUACAUUAGAGUUUCUACAGACAUUUUAAUGAUGGAUUUGAAGAACAAGAAGUCCCCAGUGUCCUUAUAACUAGGGCUUCUGAUUUCCGGUGCUUUACCUCGACUUUUCUACUCUCCUUUUAACAAUUGAAUUGAUACCUGUUAAGCCAUUCGUGAAUCUCAAUCACAACUGAGAAAUGUGUUAAUAGUAAAAUUGAUUGAAUUUACAGGUUUUUUCUGUGAAACAAAUUGUCUGAGCCUUAAUUUUUGAUUAACAAGCAGAUUGCAACAUGUUCAUGUAGGGACCCAGAAGAAAUAAAACCAGCCUUUGAGUGUGUAGAUGUAACAGCGAAGUUUAUUGUACAGAAUUCUGGAGAGAAGUAAUACAGGUGGUCUGCAGUUAGUUCUCUGACACAAAAUCACAAGUUACAACCUUUUAUAUCAGUGCACAGACAAGAUAAUAAUCAGAGAAGUAGACCUGCUUUAUGUAUGUAUACCAGUGACAAGAUAAGGAUCAAAGGAGAAGACUUGUUGUCUACGUGCAGUAGAACAUUUACUUGUGUUCCAAGGGAACCAUAAAUCACAAGCUGUUUGUGGGGGAAGGUAUGGGUGUUGUCUCUGUUACAUGUUAGGGAAGAUGUUACAUUUAGCAAAAUGCUGACUCACCUAUCCCAGUUCCACACUAUGUUAAAUGCACAUAUCCUUAGAGAAAUAGUACAUUGUGAUUAAUUUAACCUCUUCAUUAAUAAGUGACUCAUCUUUAUUAAAGCUAUAAUGAAAAAUUGUUCUGCUGGACAAAAUAUAUUCCAAUUAUUCUGCAUGACUGUAUUUACAUUAAUAAAGAGGAAUCGCUUCUGCUUUGAUAUGAAAAAGUAAGAUUUAUGAUUUAAAAGCCCAGUUGUUUGAUAGAAAAAACCUGUAAAUUUAAUCAAUUUUACUGUUAACACGUUUCUCAGUUGUGGUUGAGAUACACAGAAGACUUAACAGCGAUCAAUUUAAUUUUUAAAGGACAGUAGAAAAGUCGGUGGAAAACUCUUGACAGAAGCUCUACUUAUAACAUACAGUAACAAUGCUCUAUCCCUGUAAGAUCUGCAGGGACAUACCUGUACUAUUAGUGUAAGGUUAUUUUGCUUCUUAAAAAUAAUAAUCCAGUCUUCUUCAGUUAAAUUUUAAUCAAAAGGGUUCAUACAGGAACAGAGCGAAUCAAAUGUAAUACACCAGUGAUCACAGGUCUCAGCUGAUGGUAUUCUGAGCUACAAGUAAAAUUACAGGUCUCGGCAGGUGGAUGGAUUCCAUGCCAUAAAAUACCUUACAAGCAUUAAUAUACUUUGCAAAUUACUGCCCACUGGGAGUGGAACUCCACCUAGAAGAAGUGGAAAUCGCCUACCACCUACCACCAAUGAACAAAGUUGGCCCUCCUUUACAGGUGUGUUUAGUAAGUGUUCAAUGACGCUCAUCUAAAGUUACAGUGCAUCAUUUUUAGCAAAAGUGAGUGGUUUUAGAACCAGUUUUAAUUGGUUUGAUUAUGGUUUGUACAUAUGCUCAAAACAGCUUUUUAAGCAGAAACAACUUAAAAGGUUUUAUCAUCCAUCCAAAGUCACAGCUGCACUCUGAGUUAUGAAAAGCCAGUUACUACCUGGCAUGGAUGUAUUUCACACCACGUGCCAAGCUAAUGUGCCACAAGGUCAGGACUUUAAAAAGCCUUACAAGUAGCACAACAUAUACAACCACAGUUACUGGAAAAAAGUUAUUGAAACAUUUCAAAAGCAAUGUUGUGGAUCUGUUUCAGUCCUUUUAUAUCUGUUUUACUUUAAAAUAACUUCAGUUUUAAAAGAAAAACAUGUAAACUGAGAGAAUUAUUAUAAUUCUUAAAACUACAACAGAAUUAUUACAGCUUGUACUCCAAAAAACCCAAACCAGCAGGUUCUGUAACUUAAAGAUCCUAUCAUUUAAUGAGUCCAUGGACACCUUGUCAAGAUGCCCAGCAAAUAUCUAAAUGCAUACUGUUGGUUAUUUUGUUUCAGCUGUAUCUAUGUAGGUAUCCCUGUGUGUGGUCUGGUUUGGCUGUAGCUAACUGCUCUUGGCCUGCUUGUGCUGCCUCAGAGCCUGCAGAAAAACCUGGGCAUUACAUUCUCAUUUAUCAUACACUAUCCCAUGCUUGACAGCUCGCGCUGGGGUCAUGCUUGACAGCUCGCACUGGGGUCAUGCUUGACAGCUCGCGCUGGGGUCAUGCUUGACAGCUCGCGCUGGGGUCAUGCUUGACAGCUCGCGCUGGGGUCAUGCUUGACAGCUCGCGC